UGAACGAUGUGAACGUGUGAAUCCAUCUAGCAAGUGAACAAGAUCGCUUUCUCUCAUACGUUUGCACGUUUACCUGUGAGUCUUUUAAAAGUUUGCCUCCAACAAAGAAAGAAAUGGAACGAAAAAAAAGCGCCGAGGUUAAACUGUGUUGCCAGCAGAAUGUAAGCGCGAAAGCACAACAAAAGUGAAAGUCACGUAAACCCUGUCCAACCAACCUCUCCUUUUGGCCGACUUGGUGUCUCCGAAUGCUAAGAAAAUGUGUUGUUUUCAUUCCACAAGCACUACAAACGGCGGAUCCGGCCCGUUUGAUUGACCUUCUGCGCGGCCUGUUUGUGUGAGCUUCGAUGUGAAGGAUUUUGGUGUUUACUGUUUUACACAGAACAACUGCAACCUAUGGACUGUGCUAUGACGAGCGGGUUCAACUACUAACCCUGCGCCGGGGCAGCGUCUCACCAGUGCCAGACGGAACGAUGAACGGGCUCGUGGAAAUUGUUGUAUUCGGUUCUGUGCUAGCUGCCGGAUUUUUCCCACCCGAGGUUAAUGGGGAGUUCCUGUACAACGCGGAACCUUCGCAACACGUGAUGCACAUACGGAAGCUGACGGACAGUGACAAGCUGAGGAUUGAACUCGAGCCGGUAUGGUUUCAUCUCGAGUCGUCCGAUCAAAGCCCAUCGCCGGCAGGUCAGCAAGUGAAACGACAGGCGACCGGCGAACUCGACAUCGUACGACCGAUGGAAAUCUAUCCCAGCGUUGAUGAGCUGAAGCGGCAGCAACGCAAACGCGCACGAGGAUCUCGCUCCGAACCAUCGAUGAAUGACAAUGCGGACACGUUUUUGCAACACUUUUGGCACGUGGAAACCGAUUCGAACGGAAUGUUGGAGCAGAACCGUUCGCCAAAACAGUUCAGCUCGCUGGAGCAGCAGUUAGACGAAGGUAAUCUGCCGAGCUGCUUCCGGAAGUACCUGCACGAGGUGUACGAUCGCAACAACCGAAGCGUGCGCAAGCUGAUGCGCUGUCUGGCGCAACAGUCGGAGGAGAGUUGCAAGGCGGCAAGACGUCCGCAGCGCUAUUUGGCGCCGCACUAUUCGAGCAGUGAGGAGAAGGACACGAACGAGGAGCAGGAACAGGAGGAGACGGCAGACGAAGACUACGCUCGCGAUAAGCCCUGUGCGAGGAAGGUGAUGCGGAGGCGGAAGUACGCCGAGCGGGCUGAUUCGUCGGAAGAAGAAAACGCGUCCAAGGAGCAGCUAAAGUUUGAGCAACUUUUUAUCCGCUCGGAUGGUGACUCUGGUGGGGCCAUUUUUGAGCCCAGAGAGGAGGAGGAGCGGGAAUCCUCUCGGGGUGAUGGUACGGUGGAAAGCAGUUCCUCCGAUGAGCCGAAGAGCGAUGGCGUGGAGGCCAAGCCCGGGGAGUCGAAUGAAUCGCGGGAACGGCUGUAUACGCGGGACGGUCGUUUGCGUCCCGUUGCGUACCGGCGAAUGCCGCAGAAGUAUAACACGCGAAGGCGGAAGUCGUCGGCCAGUUCGGAGGAAUCGAAGCAAGACUGUAGCGGGGAGGAGUGUGAUAGUGAUGGAUCGUGGGAGUAUUAUUGAGUUUAGUGAAACUGUUUGUUGAAUUAUUGUUAUAAACUGAUAUAGAAUAGGAAA